AAUAUGCCUCUGCGAUGACGGGUGCCUUGCAUGGACCGAACCGUCAAUCAUGGCCCAGGCGUCUCUCUGCGCGGCCCGACUAGUGCUAAGGCAGCCGUCGCCACACACUGGGGACCCUAGCGGCUGCAAGGAGAUCUGGAGUGUUGUGAAAAAUCUCUACUGGGCGAUCCAAGAUCCACCGCCGAACGUGUCCGCCAAGUAUUCCCAACGCCUGCUGGGUAAGGUCGCCACGAAGCUUGUCACGCUGCUGCCCAAGUCCUUGUUGGAGUUUUACGUGCUGCCUUUGCAUGUCCGAUUGGCAGGAGGGCCCUCUGGCCAUGGCAUCGGUGCCGCCCCGGGUGCCGCGAGUGGAUACAUGACACCCCCAGCAACCCCGCGACAGCAUGCCUGAGGACGCAAUCAAAUCGCGUCAGGUUGUCCCCAAGCUUAACGACGGCACGACUAACCUAUACCCAGGUAACCAUCUUGACCGAUGAGUCCACGGGUGUGACCUAGACCUGGCUUUCUGAGUAGCUUGAAAAAAUAGGCUGCCUGGCGGCAGCCAAAGGGACGGGGCUUCAAUGCCGAGUUACUCUUUACAUUCUACUUAUUAUCAUUAUACUGUACCAUUACAGGCCCA